AGGAAGUAGAGAAACCUUGCCUUGCGAAGGACAAACUCUCUCACCCUCACCCCCAAACCUCGCUCCCCUUCGUCGUCGUCGUCUUCGUCUUCGUUGGAUCGAAGCGAUCCAUUGAUCGAUCUAGGGUUUCUUCCUCGCCCAUGGCGAAGCUCACCUCCCACCUCCUCCGCGAGGUCCACCCCGCGCAGUGCUUCGACGAGGCGGCGCUGCUCCGCUACGCCGCGGCGCACGUCGAGGGCUUCCCCGCGCCGCUCGCCGGGUUCGCCGUGCGCCAGUUCGGCCAUGGCCAAUCCAACCCCACCUUUUGCCUCGAGUGCGCCGCUCAGGGGGCCGUGAAGCGCUACGUGCUGCGGAAGAAGCCCCCCGGGGUCAUCCUCCAAUCCGCCCACGCCGUCGAGAGGGAGUUCGAGGUUCUUAAGGCUUUGGGUGUUCAUACUGAUGUUCCGGUACCUAGAGUCUUUUGCCUGUGCACUGACGCGAGCAUAAUUGGAACACCAUUCUACAUCAUGGAGUAUUUGGAGGGAUGGAUAUAUUCAGAUAACAAACUGCCAGGGGUUAGUCCACAGAAAAGGAAAGCAAUAUAUAUUGCUGCCGCGAAAACACUAGCUGCAUUGCAUAGUGUUGAUGUAGAUUCUAUUGGUUUGCAAAAGUUUGGCCGGAGGGACAAUUAUUGCAAGAGACAAGUUGAGAGAUGGGAGAGACAGUAUCUAGCUUCGACUGGUGAAGGGAAACCUGAUCGUUAUCAGCCGAUGCUUGAUCUGGCUGGAUGGCUGAAACAGCAUAUACCUAAAGAUGAUUCUUCAGGAGCAUCAGGCACUGGUCUUGUUCAUGGUGAUUUCCGUGUUGAUAAUCUGGUUUUCCAUCCGGAAGAGGAUCGAGUGAUUGGUGUACUUGAUUGGGAAUUGUCGACUUUGGGAAAUCAGAUGUGCGAUCUUGCAUACAGCUGCUUGCCUUACAUCGUUGACUUAACCCUAGAGGAAAAGAAGUCUUAUGGGGGAUUUGAGCAUGUUGGUAAUCCAGAAGGCAUUCCUCCACUACCAGAAUAUUUGGCAGCGUACUGCUCUGCUGCUGGAAAACCUUGGCCAGUUGCAGACUGGAAGUUUUGUGUUGCCUUUUCUUUAUUCCGUGGAGCAUCUAUAUAUGCAGGAAUUUAUCACAGAUUUAUUCUGGGUAAUGCAUCAGGGGGUGACAGUGCUAAGUAUGCUGGAAAGCGUGCUAAUAUCUUGGUGGAUCGAGCCUGGGAGUUUAUAAAUCGAAGAACUGUCCUUCCAGAGCGACCUCCGCUUGCUAUUAUGGAUUCAGAAGUUUCUCAGCAGAAGUUGGUGGAUGAAAAGGAAAACCCGUAUCUCAUGAAGGGGCAGGGGAAAUUCGUGCCCAGUCAAAAGGUUUCGGAACUGCGAAAUAAGUUGAUAAAGUUUAUGGAAGAUCACAUAUACCCAAUGGAAAAUGAGUUCUACAAACUGGCACUGUCAAAUGCACGAUGGACAAUUCACCCGCAAGAAGAGAAUUUAAAAGAAGCAGCAAAGAGGGAAGGCUUAUGGAACUUGUGGAUUCCUUUCGAUAGUGCUGCUAGAGCAAGGGAGCUACUAUUUGGAGGAAACAAUUGUGUCUCUGACGGAAAUUCAAAUGAUCUCUUGCUGGGUGCAGGGCUUUCGAAUCUUGAGUAUGGACAUUUGUGUGAAAUAAUGGGCCGCUCAGUUUGGGCCCCUCAGAUAUUUAAUUGUGGUGCACCUGAUACCGGUAAUAUGGAGGUGUUGUUGAGGUAUGGUACGAAGGAACAGCAAGAAAAGUGGUUGAUUCCUCUAUUAGAAGGGAAAAUUCGUUCAGGGUUUGCAAUGACGGAGCCACAGGUUGCGUCUUCAGAUGCUACUAACAUUGAAUGUUCAAUUACUAGACAGGGGGAAUAUUACAUUAUAAACGGCAAGAAGUGGUGGACCAGUGGAGCGAUGGACCCUAGAUGCAAAAUCCUUAUCGUAAUGGGAAAGACAGAUUUUACUGCUCCGAAACAUAAGCAGCAGUCGAUGAUUUUAGUGGAUAUUAAUACCCCUGGAGUGCAUAUAAAGAGACCAUUAUUGGUCUUCGGUUUUGAUGACGCACCUCACGGGCACGCUGAAAUUAUUUUCGACAAUGUGCGUGUUCCAGCAAAGAAUAUACUCCUUGGAGAAGGCCGGGGUUUCGAGAUUGCUCAAGGUAGGCUUGGUCCUGGCAGAUUACAUCAUUGCAUGAGACUGAUAGGGGCUGCGGAGCGUGGCAUGGAUAUGAUGGUUGAAAGAGCUCUCAAGAGGAGAGCUUUCGGAAAAAUGAUCGCUGAACAUGGUUCCUUUUUGUCGGACCUUGCGAAGUGCCGGAUAGAGGUGGAGCAGGCCAGACUCUUGGUCUUAGAGGCUGCGGAUCAACUCGAUCGACUUGGCAACAAGAGAGCUCGAGGAAUCAUCGCCAUGGCAAAGGUUGCUGCACCAAAUAUGGCCCUUAAUGUGCUCGACAGGGCGAUGCAAGUACACGGAGCGGGCGGUCUCUCUUCAGACACUGUUCUCUCCCACUUAUGGGCGACUGCACGGACGUUAAGGAUCGCCGACGGACCUGAUGAGGUUCAUCUGGGAACUAUUGCCAAGCUAGAGGUUCGAAGAGCGAGGAUGUGAGAUUAGUAGUUUAAUUAAAUGCUGGUAUCAAAUGAAGUUAUAAUAUAAUGUAGGAACCUUACAGCAAGCGACAAUUUGCGUUUACAUUAUUGUGGUCAUAGUUUUUUUUUUCAGGAAAUAAAAUUUUCAAAUAGUUUUAUGUACAAAUAAUAAAAUGAAAACUAAGCUCCUGAGUUAUGUUUGUACUUUA